CAUUGUAUGUACAAAAUUUGGUGGGGUUCUGCUUCAACCCUCCAGAUUGUGACUUUGCGACGCGUAUAUAUAUUUCCGCGCAUUGCAAAGCUUCUUACAGGUCAAGACGUAUGGAAUUGUCAUCAAACCAAUUAGCUGGACAAAGUAUAAGUUUGAUUAAAUUGCUCACGGGCUAAUGCCAUUAGACCCUGAGACUUGGCUCAUAGAGAAGACAAUUCCUUUCCCAUUGACUUGUUUGUUUGAUCUUUGCUCUUCCACCGAUAGCAAGAUAUCUCCACGAUUUCAGAAGCUCCAUUUCCUCGGUUACCUCUCGAAAUAACUUUUCCGCUCCCAUUCGUCUCCUCAUCGUUCACAACUCCAAUCCAUUAUAACCUUACUCAUAUUAGAAUUCAUCUCUUUUUGGAUACACGAUUCGAGUUGCAACAGUUUAUUGAAUAUUAAGUUUUACUGCAGCUAUGUCACAAACAAUUACCAGCACCGUUGACGCCACCAUUCCCUCCACAAUGAUGCAGACCCCGCCCCCGGAAAUCUCCCACCUGGAUCGAGUUGCAUACCUGUUUGGGUAUCCAAUUGCCCAUUCUCUCUCUCCUCUAUUCCAUGGCACAAUCUUCCGCUCACUAAACCUCAACUACCUCCAAUAUCUAUAUGAAACUCAAACCCUCAAAGAUUGUAUCGAACUCACCAAAGACCCCAAAUUUCUCGGCGCUUCCGUAACCAUGCCCUUCAAAGUAGCCAUCAUCCCAUACCUCGACCAGCUUACACCAGAGGGCGCUGCCAUUGGUGCCAUUAAUACUAUCUACCACCGCACAUCUCCUUCUGGCGAGAAGAUUCUUUGUGGAACAAACACCGAUUGUAUUGGUGUCCGCGAAGCUAUCCUUCAGAACGCAUCAGCAGCAACAAUAUCAAGUAUAAAAGGCUCGGCAGGUAUGGUUAUCGGAGGUGGAGGAACCUGUCGAGCAGCCUUCUACGCAUUGAAGAAAUUCCUCGGCUGCGAGACCGUAUACAUGGUCAAUCGGGAUAAAUCCGAGUGCGACGCUGUGAUUGCAGAGUGCAGCAGUAACGGAUUCGGAGACAAUUUAUUGUAUAUCGAAUCGGUAGAACAAGCGAAGUCAUUAGCAGCACCGACAGUAAUCGUCUCCGCCAUUCCAGAUUUUACACCAAUAUCCGACGAUGAACAUAGAGCGCGAGGAAUCAUUAUAGAAUUCUUGGGAAAAGAGGGAGAAAAGGGAGUAAUUUUGGAAAUGUGUUAUCAUCCAAGUCCGGAUACACAGAUUGCAGCACUAGCUACAAAAGCUGGAUGGCAGGUAGUAGGAGGUGUAGAAGCGAUGAUUAACCAGGGGUUGGAGCAAGAUAAAGUUUGGUUGGGAGUUGAGCUUGAGCAGUUACCGGUAAAGGAGGUAAGGACUGUUGUUUUGGAGAAAUUGGCGAAUGACAGGGCGAAGCACGCGAGUUCGUGAUGUCCAAAUUAAAUGUAUGUGUAGGACUCAAGUCCGAGAGACGUCACGAUUAAGUGUGACGAUUUUGGCUAUUUAGAAACGUGAUAUGACUUUGUGGUUAGAAUAUAAAUGGUUGCAUGGGCUGUAUGUAAGAUUAAGA